AUGGCGGGCGUUCUGUUCGUAGGACUUGGCCGCCACCGGUGGCUUCCGGGGGUUAGUCUGUGGCGUCUUUGGCCUAGCCGACCCGGAGUAAGUGGCUCGGUGGACAGGCUCGCAGAGGUCUGGCCGAGGCAGCUGUGUGUGGAGGCGUGGCAGGCCUCGGGGCGAGCGGGUUCCUGCCGGGCUUUCAGCACGAGGUUGCCGCCACCGCCGGGGUCCUCGGAGGCCAAGUCUAAGGAUGGCGGGGACCCUCGGCGCACCUCCAAGCCCGGGCCUGUUUCUUGGAAAUCUCUAGCAUUCACAUUUGCUGUUGGAGGAGCUUUGCUGGCUGGAAUGAAAUACUUCAAGAAUGAAAAGACAAAAUAUCUGGAGAAGCAAAGGCAGCGAAGCAUCGGGAGGCCUUUACUUGGGGGACCAUUUUCCCUUAUAACUCAUCUUGGAGAUCCCAAAACUGAUCAAGACUACCUGGGUCAGUGGGUUUUGAUAUAUUUUGGUUUCACUCACUGCCCUGACAUCUGCCCAGAAGAACUUGAAAAGAUGAUUCAAGUUGUGGAUGAAAUAGACAGCUGCUCAACUCUGCCAAACUUAACUCCACUUUUCAUCACUAUUGACCCGGAGAGGGACACAAAAGAAGCCAUCGCAAAUUAUGUGAAAGACUUUUCUCCCAAACUGAUUGGCUUGACUGGUACAAAAGAAGCAAUUGAUCAAGUAGCCCGAGCAUACCGAGUGUAUUAUAGUCCUGGCCCCAAGGAUGAAGAUGAGGACUACAUAGUGGAUCAUACAAUAGUAAUGUACUUGAUUGGACCAGAUGGUGGGUUUCUCGAUUAUUUUGGCCAGAACAAGAAGAAAGGAGAAAUAGCUGGUAAAAUUGCUGCGCACAUGAGGGAACACAGGAAAAACAAGUAGUCAGAGCAGUAUUGCUGGGCACCUCAUUCUCUUGCGAAAGAGAAAGGAAACUUUGCCUCCCAUAGGAGCCAACACACACACACUCACACACUCAUUAGUAUAUGCAGACUACUUUCAUAUCUUAAGAACGGCCUAUAUUUUGCACAGGGCAUGUUACCCUUGUGUUAACCAAGAUAGCGCUUAGAAAUGUACAGAUUGCAGUCAGAUUCUCCCAGAUGAUUGCUGUGAGAUCCAAAGACCAAGUUCAUGUGAAGCCAGCCCAUGGAGUAGAACUCAGUUGGUGGACAGGCAGAGUCAGUGCAUUUUCCCAACAUUAACAGGACCCCUCUGCUCUGUGGGGUUGCCUAUCUGGUAUUCUGAACUCUUGUUCCCACAGGCUGUGGGACUAGAUUUCUAGGAAGAGUGUAUUUUCCACCAUGUCCUUGGUUUCCUCUUGGAGUUCUGGGUGGGUGAUGACAAUCAGGUUAGGCUCACGGCCCCUGAGAGUCGAUCUUUUAUACUUGAGUGCAAGCGUUGCCUCCCUCACUGGUGAAAAUUGUUCUCAGGUUUGCGUUGUGUUCCCCAGCCAGGCGUAAUAAAGUGGAAAUCUGUUUGGGGGGGAUAAUUAAGUCAGGUUCUCUAGAGAUGUUUUAUGUGAUUUUUGGCGAAAUUGUAUGUCAGGUUUUCAGUAAUGGAUAUAAGAGGGAAUCAAUCAUAGAUCUGGUAGAGUACUUGUCUGCCUUUGCUGGAUUGUGCUAUAUGUGAAAUAAAGAUGUAUUCAUAGCGAACAUCCCAGUUGUCUCAGGUGCUUUGGUCUGGGGUGCUUUUGGGGUGCUUUUGGAUGCUUUACAGGUUCUUGUGGAGAAGCAAAAGGUUUUGAUCUGGAUGAGUGAAAACUCAAGGGAUCGUUUGCAUCGACUGACAAAGUGCUAUCCAAGAAAACAAGUGUCGUUUCCGGUGAUGAAAUGAAUCCCUACAUUUGUUUCUGAAUUGAACUUCCCUGGACAUCCAGGCUUGACUGUUAUCUUUCUCACUGGAAGUUGUUGAAAUCUUUCUAAACGGUUUUCAGUAAAUCCUAAUACACCAGGUAGAGGCACCCUACCGGGCAGAUCAUUUUUUAAAGAUUUGGCCACUGGAAUAAUGAAAGAAGACUGUGAAGAUACAGAAGAAACCAGCUAUCAACACCUUGCUCUCUUGACUUCUAACCUCUAAAACAGUAAGAAAAUAAAUAAGCAUUGCUUAAACCAA